AUGAAUGACAAAAAUGGUCUUUCCCCGUCGUUGGUCGAAACGAUAGCUGGAUUUACUGCCGGCGUUUGCUCAACUCUCGUCGUCCAUCCGCUUGAUAUUGUCAAGACACGGCUCCAAGUGGACCGGUUUUCUUCCUCGAGGAUUGGCAGUUCACUCCGUAUCAUCCGUGGAAUUUCCCGCAAUGAAGGUGGAAUACAGGCGUUCUACCGAGGGCUCACGCCCAACCUUGUCGGAAACUCCGUGAGUUGGGGACUAUAUUUCCUAUGGUACGGCGAGAUUAAGGAGCUUUUAAGCGUUUCUCGUGGGUCUGGUGGUCUUACUUCGUUGGAUUAUUUCGUGGCAUCCGGGGCAUCUGGAGUGCUAACAACCAUUCUCACCAAUCCAAUAUGGGUUAUCAAAACGCGAAUGCUCUCCACAGGCGCUCAUGUGCCAGGUGCCUACCGGUCAAUGAUGUCUGGAUUCCAGCAAAUAUACCGUAUGGAGGGCUUCACUGGAUUCUACCAAGGUUUAAUACCAGCUAUGUUCGGAGUGUGCCACGGUGCUCUACAAUUCAUGGCCUACGAGCAGCUUAAGAGGUAUCGCACACGGAUGACUCAAGCUUCUUCCUCGGACCGACUCUCAGCAACAAAUGAUACCCCUUCAACGCAGCUGAAGACCCUGAGCAAUAUGGACUAUCUCCUUCUUUCAGGAACCUCAAAAAUUUUUGCCGGCGGCGUGACGUAUCCAUACCAAGUUCUUCGAGCCCGCCUGCAAACAUAUGAUGCCAGGGGUACCUAUAAGGGCGUACGAGAUGCGUUUGUACAGAUAUUACGAACGGAAGGAUUGUCGGGAUUCUAUAAAGGCCUAGGGCCGAACCUGGUCCGCGUUUUGCCCAGUACGUGGGUUACUUUCCUUGUAUAUGAGAAUGCCAGGGUAUAUCUCAUGGUAGAUAAAUGA